UUUUAUCAGUGAUAAGAGAAAUGGCCAGCCACGAUAUCAAGUUGGAGGUCUGCGUUGACUCCAUACGAUCUGCUUUUGCCGCCGAGGCUGGCGGAGCUUCACGGAUUGAGCUGUGCUCCGCAUUGGGAGAAGGUGGCCUGACACCCAGCAUUGGCACCCUGAAAACCCUUAAGGAAACGCUCACAAUGCCCAUUUACUGCAUGCUGAGACCACGGCGGGGCACUGAUUUCGUUUACAGCGACGAGGAGAUGUGCGCCCUGCUCACAGACAUGGACUUGUUGCGGGAAAACGGCGCUGAUGGCUUCGUUUUCGGAUCCCUGAAUCCGGAUCGCAGCAUCAACGUGGAUCAGUGUCGGCAUGUUUUGCUGGCUUCGGGUGGUCUGCCAGUGACCUUUCACCGCGCCUUCGACCUUACCGACCAGAAGUCCAUGGACGAAAAUGUUCACCUGUUGCGGGAACUAGGUUUCAGACGGCUGCUGAGCAGCGGAUUCCGACCCACGGCUGCCGAUGGUGUGGACUGCCUGGCACAGCUGAUAGCCAAACAUCAAAGAGACUUUAUAGUUAUGCCCGGCGCCGGAAUCAAGGUGUCCAACCUGGAAGAGAUCCUCACAGUCAGUCGCUGUCUGGAGUUUCACGCUUCCGCCCAGGACACGGCCGGCGAGGACUAUGUGGCGCCCACCACCACGCGAAUGGAGUGCGACGUGACCAUGGGCAAACAGGACGUGGAUCCCUAUUACGGAACCAACUCUAACGUGGUGCGCAAGAUGGUCACCAUUGCGAAAGCCAUGAGCUCCCGCUGAAAAUCUUAGUUCUUGACCUAUCCCUAAAACUUAAUUUAUUCCUUGACUGCUUGUGCACUUUCAGUAUCCUCUAUAUAACUAGUAUAUAGCUUUUACUAAAGUAGUCUUAUCCCAAAAAUUCCAAAUUAUAAAAAGUAAUCAAUACAAUUUGAUUUCGCCUGGCAUUGUACUGCAACGACAUGAUUGUGGAGACAAAAGAGAAUUCCACUGAGCUAGCAGAUCGUUCUUUUAACGAACACUUGAUUAAUGCAGAAAAGGUAUUGCACAGAAUAGAAGCAUACAGUCUAAAGCUAAAUAACCAUGUAAGGGGAUUGAAAGAACUACUGGCCACCAAUAGAAGGUUGAUUGCGGGGCUAUCGUACAAUGAGCACAGCAUGAAAUCUUUAUUGGAAAUUAAAGGCAAAGACAAACAAAUGGGGUAAGAAAAAGAAGGCAAUCUGAACGAUUUUCAGGUCGGUGUUGAACUAAUGCGUUCUAAGCCCAACAUCGAGUAACAGAAGGUGUCAUCUUCGUAGGACUUGCAAGGCGACCAAUAUCAGAGAGGCGUGUUGGACGCAAUGCAAGUCUCACAUCGUGCCACCAAUGAAAGAACAUAUCCAGGACUUGGUGACGGUCCAAAGGAAGCCCCAUACGUCUAGAAGCCGCCCAGCAAAAGAAGUUGAACGGCAGAAAGGUGGUCAGGAGCUGACAGAGAGAAUGACUUUAUAUUCAGAUCUAAAAGAGGAGAUGGGCUUCAAAGUAAAAUGCAUGCUAAAGCUAGUGGAGAAAAUGGAUUUCAAAACGGCCACAAUUGCCGAUGUGAAAAUCGUUCGCAGAAGGGUGUUAAGUGCAAUGUCAAGGCGCCAAAAAAGCUGUUGUGAACCAGAAGGGGUUGUUUCCAAUUUGACAUUUAAAUCAAAAAAUCCUUACCUAACUGCUGCUUAAUAAAAUUGUAUUUCUACAAAUAA